AUCCCAGCAAGCAAGCAGUGUCACCUACUCUACUCAACAAGGCAAUCAAGCUGGCAUAGUGGCAUCUCCUUUUUCUUAUAAACCAGCUCGCUACCCUUCCCUCUGCAGAGUUGGCCUUCGCAAGCAACCAAUCUGAUCGGACUCUCUUCUCGUCUUGUUGGCCUUCGCAAGCUCCCAGCUCCAGCUUGGUGCCUAGCCUGCGGCGGAGCAAGAUGGGCAGAGGAGCUCAGCCGUCUGCGUCGCUCCUGCUCUUCUCUCUGGGGCUUGUGCUCCUCUGCUUCACCGCAGGCGGUAUCGUCGGCGUCGCGGCGGCGCAGAAGACGUGGUGCAUCGCCAAGCCGUCGGCGUCGAACGAGAUCCUGGCGCAGAACCUCGACUACGCGUGCUCCCAGGUGAGCUGCACCGUGAUCCAGAAGGGCGGGCCGUGCUACUACCCGGACAGCCUCGUCUCCCGCGCCGCCGUCGCCAUGAACCUCUACUACGCCUCCAGAGGCCGAAACCCCUGGAACUGCUACUUCAACAGCUCCGCGCUCGUCGUCCAGUCCGACCCCAGUUAUGGAUCUUGCACGUACUACUGAGACAGAGAUCGCCGCCGGGGUUGCGGAGGCCGUGCAAGCUGAACCACCAUUGAUGCGGCUGAGAGCUCCAGCGUGCCCUUCUUUGCUGAUACCACCGUUGUGCCAUUGUUUGUUGUUGAGGAACUGAUGAGGAACGGGAGCAUAUGCAGAUUGCUGUGUUGUGUCGUGUCUAGUAAACUGUGAUGCAGUUGACCUUUCGAGAUCUUCGAACAACUCAUUGAUACAUUUUUAAUUUUAAUUAA